UCCCUCCCCACCCUCCCGGAGCAUCCCCCCGCCCCCGCCGGGCUCCGGGGCCGCUUUAAAAGCCGCCGCUCCCCGCUCCGCCCAGCUCGGCCCCGCGGCGCGCACCAUGCCCGCUGCUGCCUCCUCUUCCUCCUCCUCUUCCUCAUCUCUCCUCUGCCUCCUGGCCUUGGCUUUGGCCCUGGGCGGCCGGGGGGUGGCGGCCGAGCCCCCCCGCCCCGUCUACACCAACCACUGGGCCGUCAGGGUGCGGGGGGGCCCCGCCGAGGCCGCCCGCCUGGCCGCCGCCUACGGGUACCGCAGCCUGGGGCAGAUCGGGAGCUUGGAGAACUACUACCACUUCCACCACAGCAAGACGUUCAAGCGCUCGACGCUGAGCAGCCGGGGGCCUCACACCUUCCUGCGCAUGGACCCCAAGGUGGACUGGCUGCAGCAGCAGGAGGUGAAGCGGCGGGUCAAGAGGCACGUCCGCGGCGAGCCGCAGGCGCUGCCCUUCAACGACCCGGUGUGGCCCAACAUGUGGUACCUGCACUGCGGGGACAGAAGCAGCCGCUGCAGGUCGGAGAUGAACGUCCUGGCCGCCUGGCAGCGGGGCUACACGGGCAGGAACGUGGUGGUCACCAUCCUCGACGACGGGAUAGAGAGGAACCACCCCGACCUGCUGCAGAACUACGACCCUCUUGCAAGCUACGACGUCAAUGGGAACGACCACGACCCGACGCCGCGCUACGACGCCAGCAACGAGAACAAGCACGGCACGCGCUGCGCAGGGGAGGUGGCGGCGGCGGCCAACAACUCGUACUGCGUGGUGGGCAUCGCCUACAACGCGCGCAUCGGAGGCAUUCGUAUGUUAGAUGGAGAUGUAACAGAUGUUGUCGAAGCGAAGUCGCUUGGCAUCAGACCCGAUUACAUUGACAUUUACAGCGCGAGCUGGGGGCCCGAUGAUGACGGGAAGACAGUUGAUGGACCCGGUCUGUUGGCCAAGCAGGCUUUUGAGCAUGGCAUUAAAAAGGGUCGCAGGGGCCUGGGCUCCAUUUUUGUCUGGGCGUCGGGAAACGGCGGCCGGGAGGGCGACUACUGCUCCUGCGACGGCUACACCAACAGCAUCUACACCAUCUCCAUCAGCAGCACCACCGAGAACGGCUACAAGCCCUGGUACCUGGAGGAGUGCGCCUCCACCCUGGCCACCACCUACAGCAGCGGGGCCUUUUACGAGCGGAAAAUCGUCACCACGGACCUCCGGCACCGCUGCACCGACGGCCACACCGGCACCUCCGUGUCCGCUCCCAUGGUGGCUGGCAUCAUCGCCUUGGCUUUGGAAGCCAACCCCCUGCUCACCUGGAGGGACGUCCAGCACCUGCUGGUCAGGACCUCGCGGCCGGUGCACCUGCGGGCGGCCGACUGGAAGACCAACGGAGCGGGGCAUAAAGUUAGCCAUCUAUAUGGCUUCGGGCUGGUGGAUGCAGAAGCUAUUGUGGUGGAAGCCAAGAAGUGGAAGACGGUGCCCCCCCAGCACGUCUGCGUGGGAAGCCUGGACAGGGUGCCCAAGUACAUCCGCCCCGACCACGUGCUGCGCGCCAGCACCCUGAGCAGCGCCUGCAGCGAGCAGCGCGAGCAGCACGUGCAGUACCUGGAGCACGUGGUGGUGAGGCUCAGCAUCGCCCACCCACGCCGCGGGGACCUGCAGAUCAGCCUCAUCUCGCCAGCGGGGACCAGGUCGCAGCUGCUGGCCAGGAGGGUUUUCGACCACUCCAACGAGGGCUUCAAGGGCUGGGAGUUCAUGACGGUGCACUGCUGGGGGGAGAGGGCGGCGGGGGAGUGGACGCUGGAGAUCCAGGACACGCCGUCCCAGGUGCGCAGCCCCGCCGCGCAAGGGAAGCUGAAGGAGUGGAGCCUCCUUUUCUACGGGACAGCCGAGCACCCCUACAACACACUGGGGGCCCCCCAGCCCCGUGCGAGGACGCUGGAGGCCUCGGAGAUGGAGCCGUCGAGGGCGGCCUUCCUGCAGAGCCAGGUGGAGGUGGCGGAGGAGGAGGAGGAGUACGCGGGUCCCUGCCACCCCGAGUGCGGUGACCAGGGCUGCGACGGCCCCAGCGCCGACCAGUGCCUGAACUGCAUCCACUACAGCCUGGGCAGCGUGAAAAGCGGCAGGAUGUGCGUCAGCUCAUGCCCCACGGGGUUUUUCGGUGACAAGGCAGCGCGGAGGUGCCGGCGGUGCUACAAGGGCUGUGAGAGCUGCGUGGGCAGGGGCCCCGGCCAGUGCACGGCGUGCAAGAGGAGCCUCUACCACCACCCCGAGAUGGGCGCCUGCCUGCCCCUCUGCCCGCCCGGCUUCUACGCCGAGGAACGUCAGAAACGCUGUCUGAAAUGCCAUCAAAGCUGUAAAAAAUGUCUCGGCGAGCCGGAUAAAUGUACUGCAUGCAAAGACGGGUUCAGCCUGGCGGGAGAGAGCUGCGUGCCGGAGUGCCAGCCCACCAUGUACCUCAGCCGCGAGCCGCGGCGGUGCGAGAGCUGCCCCACCGGCACGGGGCCAGGCGAGGAAGAGUGCACCCCCUGCUCCCCCGAGACCCCCGUGCCCCACUGGCGCUGCGUCCCCGCCUGCCGGGAGGGCUUCUACCCCGCCGACAGCCACGGGCUGCCCAGCAAGGUCUGCAAGAGGUGCGAAGACCACUGCUCGGCCUGUGAGGGCUCCAGCGGGAACUGCAUCAAGUGUAAGGAAGGUUUCAGCCUCCUCGGCGGCUCCUGUGUAACCAAUGAGACCUGCACCAAUGCUGACAAGACUUUCUGUGAGAUGGUGAAAUCAAACAAGCUCUGCGAAAAGAAGCUGUUUGUGCAGUUCUGCUGUCAGACGUGUCUCAUGGCCGGGUAAAGUUCAGCGGCUGCAUCCAGGACUUCCACCAACUGCCAGCCCAGUUUUCGCCAAAUGUUUAGGACAAAAGUUUAUUUUUUCAGCUUCGGGAGAGUUUACAUGGUGCUGUCAAGCGUUCCCUCGUAAGUUUGAUAGCUUUAAUAUCACUGUCAGCUCGUUUCUAUAGCAAUACGUUGAGCAGAGAUCGGAUCGUAGCCUGAAUGACCGAGCCGGGUAAGGCACCGGGCAGGCGGUGAUAUUAAUACUCUCAAACACUCCUCGUGAGCAGGGAGCAAGGCGUGAUCCGUGUACCCAAGCUUGGUUCUUCGCAGAAAUCCUACUGACGGGCACGGCUGGCAGGAGUCGGGGCAUGGGGCACGAGCCGGGGCUGAGCCCUGCUGGGUGACGGUGACAGCGACCUGCACUGCCACCAGCCAGCGCCGCGCUCAGCACCUGCGUGAAAACGAUGGGUUGGGCGGCUCGGGAGCAGGCUGUGCAGCCAGCCCUGCCACCCCUGUUCGGGCUGAGCCGUGAGCGUGGCCAUAACCGGAGCUCCGGGGAUCGAGGCGGCUCCGCGGGCAGGCAGGAGCCGGGUGUCCGUAGGGAGGUUCGGGGGGGGGUUCGUCCGCACGGAGCAGCCUGGGAUGUAAAAUUAAAUGUAAAAUUAAUUUCCCUCCUUAAUUGCUGUUUAGUUCAGUUCUGGAACGAGCUAGAGCCUUCCUCUGGGAGCUGAACGAGGUGGCUUCCCAGCUCGUCCCUCCCAACAUUUUGCAUCACCGUCCUUCCCCCGUUUUUGCUGGAAUACCUCUCACAAAUCCUCCUGUUCAUGGCAGUGAUUUUUUUUUUCUCGGGCAUCUGUUUCCAGAAGAGACAUUCCAGGGAUCUGGCCAGGAAGCUCUUAAUUCUGCAAAACCCUCCCCCGAAACAAACCUUUUCAUGCUCUCUCUUAAUAGUACGUCAUGUGGUGUUUAUAUAAUUGUGUUUAAAAUAUCCCUGGCUAUGUUGUUUUACAGAUUUUUUUUAAAAAAAUAACUUAUGCAGUCCUUGUUUUUUUUCGCUGUAGACUAUUUUUUAUAUGGGGAGCGGGGAAUCUUGUCUUAUGUCCUUAUCCUCUCCGACCUUGCCGAGACGCUCUUUUCACCAGACGUAUGUAAACAGCAUUCCCUGCGCUGCAUGUUCUGAUUUUUCAUUGUUAAUAGAUUUAAGGAGUUAAA